CUUACAGGCAAGUGCUGCGUUCGUUUGUGAAAUUCAACAACAACACAUUGUGCAUUUCGUUUUUUUACGAAUUGUGAAAUAUAUUUAAAAAACCGGUAAAAUAUAAAGAAAACGCAUCAAAAUGUCGCGUCACAGAAUAGUACGCGGCAUGGACUACAACGAUGAGUACGAUGGCUAUGACGAUGUCUACGGCCAUUCAGUUGACGACGAUUGCGUUUCGCCGACAGAUCAACAAUGGCUCUAUGAUCGAGCUCGUGGCCAACAAAGUAUGUCGGCUUUCAUCAGCAAAAACCAAAACAUCGAGGAGGAGGCAGAGGCCGAGGAUGAAGAUGAUGAGGCGUAUCAGAAGGCACGACGCGAUUCCGAAAGUUUCCAAAUGCCCGAACUCGAUGAAAUGGAGCAGGCGAAGCUCAGCUCCUGUGUGGACGAGGUGCGCAGCGUGGUCGGCGAUGCGGUGUCCGAGCGUCGCAUUGUAGAAACCUCGAUGCGUUUUGACUACAACAUACAACAAAUACUCGAUGAGAUUCUCAACGACGAGACGAAUAAAAAGGAGAAGGAGAAAGAGCUGGAGAAACGACCACAAAAACUCAAAAUAACGGCACCAAAAACUGCACUGAUUACAACCUCGCCCAAGCCGACGCCCACCAAGAUUACGCUGGCCGCCCAAAAGGACGCGCGUCGUGGCUUUGACAUUGCAUCGCCCAAAGCGCCUGCCUCGCCUGUUGUCUCCGGUCGGAAUACGCCUGUAGAUGGCGGCGAUGAGGCAACUCGCAGCUCAGCCAUCAACGCCAGCUUUAAGAUCUCCAAAGAUCAGGCACAACGCAAUGCCCAACAAUUGUAUUCGCUGGAGCGAUCCACGCAAAAGAGUCACAUUCAUAUGAUUGUCAUUGGCCAUGUGGAUGCGGGGAAGAGCACGUUGAUGGGGCAUCUGCUAUACGAUACUGGUAACGUAUCGCAGCGUGUGAUGCAUAAGCACGAGCAAGAAUCGAAGAAGCUAGGCAAGCAGAGCUUUAUGUACGCCUGGGUCCUAGACGAGACAGGUGAGGAGCGGGCACGUGGCAUCACCAUGGACGUGGGACAGUCGCGUAUUGAGACAGCGACUAAAAUUGUCACGCUGCUGGAUGCUCCGGGGCACAAGGACUUUAUACCCAACAUGAUAUCGGGAGCAACACAAGCGGAUGUCGCGCUCCUUGUUGUGGAUGCCACACGCGGCGAAUUCGAGUCGGGAUUUGAGUUGGGCGGACAGACGCGAGAGCAUGCAAUAUUGGUGCGUUCGCUGGGCGUUAAUCAGCUGGGCGUGGUCAUUAACAAACUUGACACUGUUGGCUGGUCGGAAGAACGCUUUCAGGAGAUUGUACACAAGCUAAAAGCGUUCCUCAAGCAGGCCGGCUUCAAGGAGUCGGACGUCAGCUUCACUCCAUGUUCGGGCUUGACGGGCGAGAAUCUCACCAAACGCGCCCAGGAGCCGGCAUUGAAGUCGUGGUACAGCGGUUCCCACCUUCUGGAUGUUAUUGAACACUUCAAGGUGCCAGAGCGUGCCAUUGAUCGACCCUUGCGCAUGUCUGUGUCGGACAUUUAUAAGGGCACCGGAUCGGGUUUCUGCAUCUCUGGACGCAUUGAGACAGGCGUGCUGUGCUUGAAUGACAAGGUGCUGGUAGGAGCGAGUCGGGAGCAGGCGCAAGUGAAAGCGCUCACUAUGGAUGAAUUGACGCAAACAAGCGUUUUUGCCGGCGAUCAGAUCUCAGUAACACUCGCUGGGGUGGACAUCAAUAACAUUACGGUCGGUUGCAUCAUUUGUGAUCCACAGUUGCCAAUACCGGUGACAACGCGCUUCCAGUGUCGUAUCAUCGUUUUCAAUGUGAAGGUGCCGAUCACGAUGGGUUAUCCGGUGCUGUUGCAUCAUCAAUCGCUCAUCGAACCGGCUGUGGUGUGUAAAUUGACGGCAUCCAUACACAAGAGCACCGGCGAGGUGGUCAAGAAGAAGCCACGUUGCCUGGGCAACAAUUCGUGCGCUCUCGUCGAGGUAGAGACGUCUCGACCGAUUUGCAUUGAACGCUAUUCGGACUUUAAGGAACUUGGACGUGUAAUGUUACGGGUGGCUGGUGUCACGAUUGCUGCUGGCAUGGUCACGAAGAUUCGUUAAGCUUGCUUCUUUUCUUUUUUUACUUGUACGAAAUUUUAGUUAGCCUUAGUUUUGUUUUUGUUGUUAAUAAAAACAGUUGAGAUUCCGUCACGAGCCACAAUUCAAAAAAACGUU